AUGCGUGGUGCCAACAGGGCGCAGACCGGUCCUGCACUCAGCUUGCGAAGUUAUGCGUCGGCACAGGCAGGUGGAACUCCAGAAGGCCUAUGUCCCUUCAGAGGACACCUAAAUCGGUACUGGAAGCAAACUUUGAGAAACGUGCAGGGCGGCUGUCCUUCUAAGGUUUCUAGAGUGCCACUCGGAAUGGCGCUGAGUGAGGAUGACUUCGAGCAUCUGCUGGGCCAGCUGCACACUGCUCACGUGCUGGAAGUGCAGCGGCUGAGGGAACAGGUCCGGGGCUUCCAAAGAGCCAGCUCCAAGGAGCGAAUGCGCUCCGAAGCAGAGGCGGAGGACGAGGUCCGAAGAAGCUUCCAGGAGGAAGAGAUACGGGCCGACUCCCCCGACGAGCUGGAGGUGGACUCCAAGGUCUGGAGCCAGGGCAAGAAACGUGGCCUGAAAAGGCAGAAGAAGUGGCGAUCUUCCUCGGAUUUGCAGUGGCAAGGGCAGCUGCGGCCCUUCCUGGCGAAGUGCAUCAAGCGCCCCGCCGUGGACUGCACCAUGAGCUUCCUCAUCUUCUGCAACGCCUUGAUCUUCGCCGUGGAGGCCCAAUACCGCGGCUUCGAAUUCGCGGAUGCCGCGAACUUCCGCGGAGCGCCGAACGGCCAGCAGAAUCUUGGCCGCAGACAGAUCUUGAGGCUGCUCAGGCUGAGGGGUUCGGCUUCGGGGCUGUUGGACUGA